UGUUUUUCUUCUUUCCUUUCCCUAAAUAAAUAAAAACAAUUUUAAAGAAGCUUCUCUUUUCCUUUCCUUUUACUAAACAAGGAGAUAAGCCUGUUAAAGAGAGAAAAAGAUACAGGAAAAUAUGGUUCAAUAAACUCAGUCCAUUAACAAACAGUGAGAUUAUCUUCAGAGGCGUUUCAAGUUUAUAAGCGCAAUUCUCUUAAAAGGAUUUGAUUGUUCCUAUUUUAGCAAAUUUAAAAAUUAUGACAUCAACUCACACUAAUUCUCACACUGAAGCUGCCAAAAUGGAACAAGUUAUCACUGAAUUCUUCUAUAAGAGUCUUCUAAUAAUACUUGAAUCGAGGUCUUCUUAUGUAUCAUCACGUAAUUAUAGUGGUGAACAAACUGUGUCAUCUCCAUCUUCAUCCUCUUCAUCUUCAUCUAGUGUGAGACCAAGAGAUAAAUGGUUCAAUUUAGCUCUUAGGGAGUGCCCUUCAGCGCUAGAAAAUCUUGACCUUUGUCGACAGAGUAAUUUUGAACCAGUUGUUGUCGAUGUUGUAUUGGAGCAGAAACCACUUGAUUGGGGACCUGCAAGCUUUUCCCCCACAAGUGAUCUUGUUAGGAAUUUGUCAUCUAAAAAUAAGAAUUCAUAUUUCUGGAAUUGUGAUCAAGAUGAAUCAGGCAGCGAGAUGAAAUGUGAAAAAAUCAUAGAAAGAUGGUUCGUGCAGCAUGAAAGUAGAAAGGGUAGGGAUUGUAAUUCAGGGAAUAGAAGGUCAAGUUGUAAUAACUUGAGUGCAUUAUAUAAGAAAUUAAUACUGAUGUUGAGGUCCUUAUACGUGACUGUCAGGCUUUUACCUGCAUACAACAUUUUCCGUGAUCUGAAUUCAUCUGGUCUAAUUCGUUCCUUUAAGCUUGUUCCUAGGGUAUCUUCUUUUGUUGAACCCUUGGCUCGUAAAGAAGAGGUAGAUAUGCAGAGAUUUUGGUUUACCCCUGUGGACACUUCUUGCGGAAGGCUUUGCCUUUCAGUUUUGUACUAUUCAUCAAUCUCAGAUAUGAGCUCCGAAUCAUCAACCCCUAUGUCCCCUCAAUUUAUACCAGAUUAUGUUGGAAGCCCAUUGGCAGACCCCCUGAGGAGAUUUCCUUCUCUUCCUGUAUCACAUGGCUCUCCAUCAUCUUUACCAUUCUCAAGAAGACAUAGUUGGAGUUAUGACCAUUACAAGGCCUCACCACCUCUGGUUUCUUUCUCACCAUCACCAACGCAUUCAGAAUCAAAUGCUUUGGUUUCUAACCCAACCUCCCGUGGUUUGCCACCUAUGAGCUUACCUCCUCAUCCUCCUGAAACAUCACUAGCUCAUAAGAGGAAUACAAACUUUGAUGAGUAUUGUCCUUCCCCCAAUUUCUCUGCUUCCCCUUCCCCCUCUCCCUCGCCAUCACUCCCCAUCUACAUUCCUAGGACUCAUUUGUCAAAAGAUCUUUUACGCUCUGAAAGUGCUCCUGUUAACAUAGCGGCUCCCAAGCUUGCUAAUUCCCCUGCAUUGUCUGGCAAGCAGAAUUUGCCACCGUCACCUCCCCUUAAAAUAACAAGAGCUGGUACUUCUAGGGCUGAUAAUAUUAGGGUGCCUGCUGAAACUGAUGCUACUGUUGACAAGAUAUUUUCUUUCGGGAAAGAAGACUGCUGGAAAUACUCUGGAGUGAAAGCUUUUUCCAACAGCUCACCACGAAUUUCAUGUUCUAGAAGUUCCAGUAGGUCUUUACAAGAUGAUUUUGACUACUCUGAGUUUCCUUGUCCAUUUGAUGUGGAGGAUGGUGAAAUGAUGGACCCUGGUAGCAGACCUGAGUCUUACGUUAGAAGAGGAAAUCCAUCUGAUCCAAAUGAAGCAGGGUUGUUUAUGAGUAGAAAAUCCCAGGAUGCUGCUGUUGGUGCUCUUGUCCGAAUGCUGAAAAAGGCCCCUCCUCUUCGCCAAAACGUCUCCCUUAAUUUUUCAGAAGCCUCAAGGCCGGAAAUCUUGAGCAACAGCAUCCCAAAGCAAAGUCAGAUCUCGGAAGCUGUGACUGUUGAACAUGCUGCUGCUCCGAAUAUAGCAUCUUUUAGGCUUGUUGCAUCAAAGACAACCACCGAUGCAUUAGAGGAACUUCGGGGUUACAAAGUGAUGAAAAACUUGUUGCUUAGUGAAGGGGGUAAGGCUUACACAUCUAAUGUUGCCUCUGCAGCUGAACAUUCCAGUACCAGCAAAGAUAGAAGUAUACUACAAGUUUUUGGAUAAGAAUCAUGCUGCAAUAGAAGGGUUAUCUGUUGGCCUGGAAAACUUUGUAAAAAGCACCUUUUUCUCUAUUCUACACAAGUGUAUAUAACUUAUUGUUUUAUGGGGAACGCAUACAACCCCCCUCUCUCUAUAUAUCUAUAUAUUUAUGUA